CAAUCUCCUCCCAUUUCUUAAUUCAGUGUCAAGUUUUGAGUGUUUCAUAAGAAGUGGACUUUGUUUUCUGUCUCCAGGCCUGCUACAGAAAAUACAGCAAGAAGCCCUGCUAGGGAAUCAGAAGGUAUUCACUGACAGCCAGUUCACUUCCCUCUUGCAAAAUUUAUCAACCUUUUUCUCCUGCUAAGUGGCUGGAAGACUCUGAUUUGCAGAUGGCCAACGAAGCGAAUCCUUGCCCAUGCAAACUUGGAGACAAGUUUGACUACGAAGGGCAGGGACGUGAAGUUUCUGUCGGACACAUCAGGGCUUAUCUUGCCAAGCCCCCUCAUCAUACAGACAAAGCGGUCAUAGUGAUACAUGAUGUUUUUGGAUGGCAGUUACCAAAUACAAGAUAUAUAGCUGAUAUGCUUGCAUCUAAUGGCUACAUAGCAAUUGUCCCAGACUUCUAUAAAGGACAAGAACCUUGGAAACCAUCUAAUGACUGGGCAGGAUUUGAGGAUUGGAGAAAAACACGAGAUUCCAAAGAUACCAACAGGGAAACUGAUGUUGUCUUGAAGUACCUGAAGGAACAAUGUAAUGCUAAGAAGAUAGGUGUUAUUGGAUUUUGUUGGGGUGGAGCUGCAGUUCAUCAUUUGAUGUUGAGAUAUUCUGAAUUUAAGGCUGGCGUAUCAAUUUAUGGAGUCGUCCGGUUUCAAGAGAAAAAUUAUGACAUGAAGAACCCCACAUUUUUCAUUUUUGCAGAGAAAGAUGACGUCAUUCCUCUUGACCAAGUUGCUGAACUGGAGCAGAACCUGAAAAAAGAAUGCAAAACCGAUUUUGAAGUGAAAAUUUAUCCAGGACAAACCCAUGGCUUUGUACAUCGCAAAAGAGAAGACAUCAACCCUCAAGAUAGGCCUUUCAUUGAAGAAGCAAGGAAGGACAUGCUUAAUUGGCUGAACAAAUACAUUUGACAGUCUGUUAUAUGUUAAUACCAUCAAGCAUCAAGGCAUUUUCUUAAUGAAGAAUCGCAAUGUUGAGCACAUCUCACAUUACUCUGAUAAUGCUACAAUGAUUUCAGAAUAAUCAAUGCUGAUCUUGCUGCUGCCAUCACCUAUCUAACCCAAGAUCAAAUGCAUCUUGUGUGACCCUUUGGUGCCUAUUUCUAGAAAUAAAUUGGUUCUUUGCAUUUGCUAUAUGAUACUAAGAAAUGUUAUCAGCUUUUCACAUUGAGUCCUCUAUACAUUAGUUUUAAAUGAACCAAAAAUACUAAUCAAUGUGAAACAGAUGCUAGAUAGAAAAUAAUUUUGCCAGAUCACUUUUUUCAUGUUUCAUCUUAGACAACUAGAAUAGACUUUUCAACCUACCAAGAUAAAAGACUAUGUAUUGUCGAAGGCUUUCAUGGCCGGAAUCACUGGGUUGUUGUAGGUUUUUUCCGGCAUUCUCUCCUGACGUUUCGCCUGCAUCUAUGGCAAGCAUCCUCAGAGGUAGUGAGGUCUGUUGGAACUAGGAAAAUGGGUUUAUAUAUCUGUGGAAUGACCAGGGUGGGACAAAGAACUCUUGUCUGCUGGAGCUAGGUGUGAAUGUUCCAACUGACCACCUUGAUUAGCAUUUGAUGGCCUGGCAGUUGUUUGGUGUGGCUUGUUGGUGCCUGAGGCAAUCUUUUGUUGAGAGUUGAUUAGAUGUCCCUGAUUGUUUCUUUUCUGUUGUUUUGCUGUUGUAAUUUUAGAGUUUUUGUAAUACUGGUAGUCAGAUUUUGUUCAUUUUCAUGGUUUCCUCCUUUCUGUUGAAAUUGUCCACAUGCUUGUGGAUUUCGAUGGCUUCUCUGUCUAGUAUGACAUGAUGGUUGCGAGAGUGGUCCAGCAUUUCUGUGUUCUCAAAUAAAAUGCUGUAUCCAGGUUGGUUCAUCAGGUGCUCUGCUAUGGCUGACUUCUCUGGUUGAAGUAGUCUGCAGUGCCUUUCAUGUUCCUUGAUUCGUGUUUGGGCAUUGCUGCGUUUGCAUUCAGAGUUCUUUGUCCCACCCUGGUCAUUCUACAGAUAUAUAAACCCAUUUUCCUAGUUCCAACAGACCUCACUACCUCUGAGGAUGCUUGCCAUAGAUGCCGGCGAAAUAUCAGGUGAGAAUGCCUCUAGAACAUGGCCAUAGAGCCCGAAAAAACCUACAACCCAGUAACAGACUAUGCAUCUGAACGGGUUAUGCUUCGCAAACCUUUAUCUCCAUGUCUUUCCUAAACAGAAAGCAAACAUUCCACAGCCAAGUUGGCUCCAUUUGAAUGCAAGAUCCUGUUCCUAGCAUAUAUCAAGUUCCAGCUUUUAAAAGGGGCUAAUGUUGUAGUUAUAUGUAGAGUGGCUUGCAUAAAGUGAGGUCCCUUUUACACUGACACUAUGGUAACACUUGGAGCCAGUUUCGGGGAAACUGGUUUGCUUUGAUCAGAUUUUCUUGUGCUUUUUAAAAUGCACUGUUUCCUAUUUAAACCAUGCUACAGCACAUAUAGAUAAGUGUACAUUUUGUGCCCACCAUCAAUGGUCUCGAGUCAACUUGGAACUGCUUUAUAUAGUCAGUGUUAGAUGGCCCUGAGACACAUUUCUCUUAGCAGGGAUUAUUUCACUUUUGCCAGAAUAAAAUGCAACACUCUCCUGAAAACAAAUAAACAACCAAAGAACUAAACAUGUUUGUCAAUACUAAUAGCCAAGCUGUUUAUCUUCGAGAUUUAUAUCUGUUUUCUAGUUCAAAAGUUUCAAAACAAUUUUUUUUGUGUUUCAAACUGGAAAGUAAAAAUAGUUGGUUGAUUACAUUAGUUUUGACUGCUACUCAGAAGAAAUGCUUUCUGCCCAUAUGUAUUCUGGCUCUUUGGAUAUUGGUGAAUAUUUUUCAUUACGCAAACAGAAAUGAUCCUAUGAACAUGAGGAAUUUUUAUAACUUGUGAUAUCCUGAUAUUUCCAUGGGAUCAGCAAAUACCCCAACAGUUAUUAAAUAUAAGCUUUUUUAUUAGACUGUAAGAGCUUUAUAUGUAUGCUAAAGUAUUUGUUCUUUGAAGUCAUGAUUUUUGAUUCAUUAUUAAAUUUUCCCGUAAUGCCA